UGUCUCUUCAAAAUGCUGACCGUAGGGCGGUGCGUGCCACUUUUUACCCUAAUAUACUACGCUGUAGGUGCAAUAUCCUUCGGCGUGUUGCGGGGCAGAAGACCGUUAGAUAUAAUCAUGUUUCCAUUGGAAUUCACAACCACAGGCGGUCUGGAACAUGUGGAAAACUACGUUCGGAUAAUAUAUGGAUUCUACGUGGAAGGUGCGAUGACGCUACUGUCUUGCUCUCUCGCAACACUGCGCAGGCACAGCAGCUCGACUAUGAACGUAAUGUCAGAGAAAUACAGACUGUUCUCCUCAGAAGAAUAAUAAAACACAUCCAUUUUCCCCAACGAAGUAAUAAUAUAACCACAAUCAUAGAUUAACUUUAUGUUGUGACCACAACGUGAAA